AUGGCAGAUCCCAAUGCGCAGUCGCACGAACAACAGGGCAAGAAAGACACACCUCUGGGAUUGCCCGAGCCACCAGCUGGCGGCAUCCAACUCGACGUCAGCUCUGGCGAAGGCGUGGCCCUUGAUCACCUCGGACCCAUGGUCGUCAACAAGGACGGCACAAUCUCCAGAAUCACAAACUGGGACACGAUGGCCGACAUCGAGAAGAAGAACACUUUGAGGAUAUUGCAAAAGAGAAACAAACAGCGUCUGGAUGCUCUCAAGCAAGCCAGCCAGGACAACCCAGAAGAUGCUAAAAAGCCAUGA